GGAAGAUAUCCUUCUGAAUGUUGAAUCCACUUUCUUUCAGAUCUCUAUAGUCUCAUAAGUUUCUGUUUUAAUUUCUCAGAGACUUUUGAAAUGAACAUUGAUCCGAAAACCCCAGUUGCUGAUUUUCUUUUCUUGUUCCUUUCUGUUUUGCCUUGCUGUCUCUUUGGUCAUUGCUGUCUCUUUGGUCAUUGCUGCUAUGCAAUUGACAGAAUAGGCUCAGAACAAUCAAUAAGGGACAAUGGAGGAGAAACCCUGAUAUCUCAGCAUGAGAUUUUUGAAUUGGGGUUUUUCAGCCCACCAAAUUCUACGUUGAGAUAUGUGGGAAUAUGGUAUUAUAAGAUUGAGGUAAAACCAGUGGUGUGGGUAGCAAAUAGAGAUGCUCCAAUCUCUGGCAAAAAAGGGGUUUUGAGGAUUGGAAACGAUGGUAAUUUAGAGGUUUUAGAUGGUAAUAACAACAUAGUUUGGACUUCAAAUGCUUCAGUUCCAUCAAGCAACACAGCAGCAAUUCUCUUGCCAACAGGGAAUUUUGUUCUGUCAAGCAGUGGAAGCAUUGGUGAUACCGCAACGGCUUAUUGGCAAAGCUUUGAUCAUCCUACCGAUACGUAUCUCCCCGGAAUGAGAGUUCUGGUGAGUACUGUCAAAGGAGAGAAUCAUGUCCUUACUUCAUGGAAAUCUGCAGAUGAUCCUUCCUCGGGGGACUUCAGCAUCGGAGUUGAUCCUUUUGGAGCACCUCAGAUUGUGAUAUGGAAUCAAACAAGAAGGAUGUGGAGAAGUGGACAGUGGAAUGGAGUGGUAUUUACUGGUGUGGCCAAUCUGUCUUCUUUUGCUAGUUUUUUAUAUGGUUUCGGGCUUUCGGAGCCUGAGGCAAAUGGUAGCAGGUAUUUCACUUAUACCCCACCAAGUGGUUCUGAUUUGUUGAGGUUUCGAAUGGGAUGGGAUGGCAAGGAAGAGCAGUUAAGGUGGGAUGAUGGCCUAAAGAACUGGACUGUGGUGCAAUUAGAGCCUGUCAACGAUUGUGAUCUUUACAACUUUUGUGGGAAUUUUGGCGUCUGCGAUGUCACAAAAUCUCCCAAGUGUAGCUGCCCACAAGGGUUUCAACCAAAGUUUCAUGACCAAUGGAAUAGAGGGAAUUGGUCAGGUGGCUGCAAAAGGAGGACGGAGCUGCGGUGCAAGAGGAAUGCUAGUGAUGCAGGGGGCAACAGUGAACAAGAUGGAUUCAAAGAGUUUAGGAGCAUGAAGUUGCCAGAUUUUGCAAAUAGGGUGCCUCUGGGGGACUCAGAGACUUGCAGUGGAAACUGCCUGGCAAAUUGUUCAUGUAAUGCAUAUGCUCAGGAUGUUACCACGUUUGGAUGCCUGAUUUGGACAGAAGACUUGAUUGAUGUUCAAAUUUUGGACAAGGGUGAAAACUUGAUGCUCCGUCUUCCUUGCUCUGAAUUAGGUAGUGAUAAAAAGUUCUCCAACCUAGUGCUAGCUAUAAUUUCUGUAGCUGGGGUGUUCUUCUUGUGCAUAACCAUAUGGCUUCUACGGAGGUCAAAGAGGAAGCCGAAGAGUGAGAUUUACAACAGCAUGCCAAUUUUUUAUGAGGGCAACAGUAACGAAUUCUCAGCAGAUCUUUCAGGAUCAACCGAGCUUGUUGUAGAAGGGAGUCAAGUUAAUAGGCCAGAGUUACCAUUGUUCAACUUCAAAUGUGUGGCGGCUGCUACAAACAACUUCUCUGAAGAAAGUAAACUAGGGCAGGGGGGAUUUGGUCCUGUGCACAAGGGAGAGCUUCCUGGCGGUCAACAAAUAGCAGUAAAGAGGCUGGAGGUGGCAGGAAGAUCAGGCCAAGGUUUAGAGGAGUUUAAAAAUGAGAUUAUCUUGAUUGCUAAACUGCAACACAGAAAUCUUGUUAGACUAUUAGGAUGCUGCAUUCAAGGGGAAGAAAAGUUGCUGAUUUAUGAGUACAUGCCAAAUAAAAGUUUGGAUUGCUUUCUUUUUGAUCAAACCAAGCAAGCACUACUAGACUGGGGAAAACGCUUUGCAAUCAUUGAAGGCAUUGCAAGAGGACUGCUCUAUCUCCAUCGAGACUCAAGACUUAGAAUAAUUCAUAGGGACCUAAAGUCUAGCAACAUUUUGUUGGAUGAAGAAAUGAAUCCAAAGAUUUCAGAUUUUGGCAUGGCAAGAAUAUUUGGUUGUAACCAAUAUGAAGCAAAUACAGUCCGAGUAGUAGGCACAUACGGCUAUAUGUCCCCUGAAUAUGCAAUGGAAGGCCUAUUUUCAAUCAAAUCAGACGUGUAUGGCUUUGGUGUGAUACUACUAGAGAUUGUGAGUGGUCGGAAGAACACUAGCUUUCAUUUAUCUGAUUACACGCACACCAGCUUGAUUGGUUAUGCGUGGGAACUUUGGAAGGAAAAUAAGCCAAUGGAACUCGUUGAUCCCUCCAUUCGAGACACAUGUAAUCCUAGUGAAGUUCUGAAAUGCAUACAUGUUGGUAUGUUGUGUGUGCAGGAUUCUGCAGCACUCAGACCAAAAAUGGAAUAUGUAUUGCUAAUGCUUGAGAGUGAAGGCACUCCAACACUUCCAGUGCCUAGACAACCAAAAUAUAUUUGCAAGAAGACAUUGAAGGGCCCCAAGGAUACAGGCUUUUAUUUGGAUGGUCAAGAUAUUGUAUCCUCAAAUGAUGUCACUGUCACAACAGUAUCAGGAAGAUAGAUUGUUCUGUUUUUCACCUUCCAUCACCAUCAUGUACAUAACUUCAUAGCAAAUCGACCGUUUAUGCCUCCAUGAUCCCAGUUUUUUAUUCCUUCAUGUUUUGAAGUGUCAGAGUUGUUUCAUCAACUUAGUUGGACUUUGGAAUGAGUUCUGAUUGAUUUUUAUUACACUACAUCUGCAUGAUGGUUGAACUUGUUGUACUACAUUUUUCAGAGUAAAGGGGGAAUAUAGGGGAUUGGGAAAAUAUAAAGAAAAAAUAAAGUAAAAACUGAUUU